CAGACAACCAGCCUGCUUUCCGUCAGCGUAUUUAUUGUUGCAAAUAAUCCGUGGCUCUUGAAAAUAUCUUUAUUUUGUAUCAUAAUUACAUCCAAAAUAACAUUUGAUUACUAAAAUGUUUAAUAAAUUCCUUGUGUCAUAGUGGUGAAUUGUGAAAGAAAUGGUCGGACUCCAUUGCUGUGCGGACAAUGUCGAUUUAUGGAUCUGUAUACAACAGGACAAAACGAAAGUGAAUAAAUAGUGUAGCGUGUGGAUUUCGGUGUUAAUUGUUCCUAGUUACCAAGGUUUUUGUAAUCAAAAUGGCACAAACUGUACGUCGGGCGAUUGAAGGGAGAUAUCCUUCCUGCUAUAUUCCGAAAAGACUAAAAGAACGCAAAGCUAAAGCUGGAAUGCUGAGGGUAAGCCGCCCCGACAAACCGGAAGACUUUGUAUGCUACUCGGACAGUGACAGCGAGGAAGAGACUCCGUUCCAGCAGCACCGCAUACUUACUACCUCAUACAACUUUGUAGACUAUGUCCGCUCUAGAGAAAUACAAGCCCCGGAGCCUAGAUCCGUGGAUCCCCUCUAUGCCACCCGCCACAUGCUCACUCGGGAUCUAUUCCGAGAGACCCCUCUCAAUCUGGGUAACAUGAACAAGGUGUUCUGCUCACAGUGGCUCUCAGACCGACAGGUUGUCUUCGGGACCAAAUGUAACAAGCUGAAAGUAUACGACGUUCGGACCCGGUCUUUAGACGACAUCCCCACCCUGCGGCCGCGGGCACCCUGGGCCGGGGCCGAGCAUCAAACUGGCAUACACGCGCUACAGAUCAAUCCAUCCAGGACAUUGCUGGCGACGGGUGCGCAAAAUUCGUGUGAACUCGCUAUCUACAGCUUACCCACCCUAGACCCAGUUUGCGUCGGAGAAGCGCAUAAAGAUUGGAUCCUGGACAUGUGCUGGCUGGACGACGAGUUCCUGGUGACGGGGUCGCGCGACUCCAAGCUGGCGCUGUGGCGCGCGCCGCCCGCGCCCGCCGUCGCGCCCGCCGAGGCGGCGCCCGCGCACCGCUACAUCACGCCCCUAGUCACCAGGGAGUGCCGCUCGGGCCAAAAAGUCCGCGCGCUAACAUUCAAUCCCCGUUGGCGCGAAAUCGCCGCUUUAACCCUCAACGGCUACAUCCACGUGUUCAACGCUGAGACCUUCAAGCAAACCCUCUCCAGGAAACUGCCUUCGUGCCAGGACCUCGUAUGCCUUGCCACUCAGGAAAGCGGCAUUUACGCAAUAGGCUGCAAAUCCUAUACGUUACUAUUGGACUGCCGCACUCUGCAGUCCGUCAGGAAGAUAACUUCGCGGUACAACGGCUGCGGCAUCCGGUCUGCCAGCUUUAGAGGCAACAUGCUCACUAUCGGCACCGGACUAGGUUUGCUAAUGUUCUAUGACAUGCGAGCGGCGAAGUAUUUAGAGAGUCACAUACACUCGUCCAAAACUGUCACGCUCAGGGCUUCCAGGGGAUAUGUGUUCCCAGACGAAGAAGCGGACGGCUUCAAUCAGGUAAAAUACGUGCCCGCCAUCUACACGCACUGCUACGACUCCUCCGGCACUCGCAUCUUCACUGCUGGAGGACCACUGCCUGCUCCUCUUAUAGGGAACUACGCCGGCAUCUGGCAGUGAUACUUACUCUUAUUAUGAUGGAAAUGGGCAUUGGCAUAUUUCUUUAGGUGAAUAAUUAUAUUAAACUGCGUUGGCACCCGACAGUGAUAGUUUCACCAGGGAUGUUGCGGAUGCGGAUUUUUAAAGGCUCACGUCCGCGGACGCGGAUGUCGAGAUUAGGCACAUAAAAACGUCAAAUAUUACUCUUUAGUAAUUUUUAUUAAAAAAAACGAAAUUUUUAGUAUUAAACAAGAAUAUAGGUGCCCCACUAUCGCAUUACUAUACUAAAGUCCAAAUAAAACAAACUUUUCACUUCUUGUCACUGUCCGUCGCCGCAUUAAGCUCCGCAUCGAUUUUAUUCGGAUGCGGAUGUUGAAAAUAAUGCGGAAGUUCCGCGGUUGCGGAUGCGGAUGCGGAUGCGAAUAUUCGCAACGUCCCUGUUUCACACCAAGUUUAAAGUUCCCGUCAAUGUAGGCCUAGCAACAAGCACUUAUGAAUGGUGAAUAAUAUGUACAUAUAUAUUAUCUUAAGCUCAGAGCAAUUUAUUGAUAUAUUGAUUAUUUGCCUUAGCUCAAAUAAUCUCACACAUUUUGUUUCAUUUUCACAUUGUCAUAAUGUCAAUGCGGUGUUAGUUACUGCUUUAUUAUACAGGGUGGAUUUUCUUAGUGAGUCAGUUAGGGCAGCUACUUAUUCACAGCCUUAUUCACAUUUUUCUGUCUCGCCAAUCAGUCCUGUUACGUUUAAGGACCAUUAUACUGUAUGAAGACAUUACUGUAGGACUGAUGGGCGGGAUAGAAAAAUGUGAAUAAAAUUUCACUUUUGCUCCAUAGUAAAUGCAUGGAAAAAGUUUUUUUUUAUUUGUGGCUCUUAAGUACAUUACCGUAAGUUGACCCCUAGGAAACUAUUGAUACUGGAUAGUAAUGGAAUCGAUUAGCAUAAAAAAAUUGCAUGUGAAAAAUAAAAGUUAAUUUUCAUACAAAUUGUACGG